AUAAAUAAGUUCAAGAGAUAAGACUCCAAAGUCUCACACAACCUCAUCAUAGUCUUUUUCUUCAGCUUCCUCUCCUUUUAUUCUUCAUGUCUGAUGAACACCAGGACCUUGUCCCAGGAGGAGGAUCUAACAUGUACAGUGAAUUAAAGCAUCACAUUUCUAAUUCCUUUCCUUCAGCAUAUCAUCAUGAUUCAUCAUCACAAGCCUUUGAUGAUCCACCUAAUUACAUGAGUUUCACUGAGUGUUUGCAAGGAAGAGUCAUGGACUACAAUUAUUCACCAUUCGGGAACACUUCUUUUGGCUUGUCUCCUUCCUCAUCAGAAGCUUUUUCAUCUGUUGAUCAAGGAAAUCAGAAGCCUCCAGAAGGAGAUGUUGCAGGUGGUGGUGGUGGUGGUGAAACCCUUGCAACUACUACCCUUAACUCAUCUAUCUCUGCUUCCUCAUCCUCUGAUGCUGGAGCUGAAGAAGAUUCAGGAAAGAAAAAGAAAGAUAAUAACCAGGUCAAAGAAGAAGGAAAUAACUCUGGGAACAAGGAUAAAAAGAAAGGAGAGAAGAAGCAGAAGGAGCCAAGGUUUGCCUUCAUGACUAAGAGCGAGGUUGAUCACCUUGAAGAUGGAUACAGAUGGAGAAAAUAUGGACAGAAGGCUGUUAAGAAUAGUCCAUACCCUAGGAGCUACUACAGGUGCACUACACAGAAAUGCACAGUGAAGAAACGCGUAGAGAGGUCAUAUCAAGACCCAACAACUGUGAUAACAACGUAUGAAGGUCAGCACAACCAUCCGGUCCCCACAUCGCUAAGAGGGAAUGCGGCUGGAAUGUUCACACACCACUACUCUUUGCUAACCACACCACCCACUCCUCCACUCAGUCUCACAGCCGGGUCAAACUUCCCUCAAGAUCUCUUUCUGCACCACCACAUGCAGAACCAAACCCUCAUCUUCAACAAUAACAACAACAACAACAAUGCUCCAUCAUCAACAAACUCCUCCAUGUAUUCACACUAUAAUAACAACUCUCUUCUUCAACAUCAGCAUCAGCAUCAGCUUCCUCCUGAUCAAUAUGGGCUCCUUCAAGACAUUGUCCCUUCAAUGUUCCUUAAACAAGAGCCAUGAGAAGUGAGAACUUUACUUAAUCAAUGUACUCUCUCUUUUUCUCACACCCCCCUCCCCCUAUAUAUGUAGAUCUUUAAUUGGGCUUUGUUUAUGAUCAUUUUUGUACAUAUAGUUUGAUUUGAUUAAGUUAUAUGUAUUUCUGACUCAUCAAAGCCUAGCUAGCCUUUGUUUCAAAGUGAGUGAGUUAAUCAUGAGGGUACCUACUUAAUUAGGCAGAGAUUAUUAGAAAGAAUAUAUAUCUCUAUUUAUAUGCAUUUCAAUCAUGUGCAUGCAGCCCAUUUGGGAUUUCCAUGCUAUAUAUGAAUGUGUAACUUUAUUAAUUAGAUUGAAAUAUUUUUACUUGA